AUGCGUCUGUCGAUAGAGCCGGCGUCCGAUACCCACGCCUCCAACCGUUUUCGCCCUGUCUCGCGCGAAAAUCCGCGUGUUGGCAAAGUCGAACUCAUGACCUUCCCCCAGCGUGUGAGUGGCGACUUGAGAUAGUGGGUCGCCUCUUCGAACGACCCGUUGGUGCUCAAGUAUUCGUGAGCUGAGACGUCGUUCUGUCUGACCUGUGUAGCGGCAAGGGCAGUUUUGACACGGGAUUUGAUAGACUACGCCCGACUGUUCACCUGCGUCCAGCCGAUCCUUCAUUUUCAUGAUCCUGCUACGCAUGGUGGCCGCCGGAUGAUGAGCGAUGCCCACGCCUAGCUCUGACGCAAUGCGUUCUGUAGCCUCGGACACAUUCUUUACGUACGGUAGGGAGUGCCAAAUUGUUGGUGUCUCCCUUCCGUUUGUCCGUCGUGGGCGCGUGCGUAUGCAGCGACUGCUAAAACUAUUUGGGUAGCCGUUCUUUGUCAAUUUGUCCCGGAGAUGCCGUAGUUCUUGCAUUCUUUCUUCGGCCUCGCUACAUUGCGUUUUUACCCGGUCGAAAAGCGCCCUCACACGGCCCCGUUUGUGCACCAAUGGGUGGUUGCUAUGAUAGCUGAGGACCUGGGUUGUAUUGGUCGCCUUUCUGUAGACUAUAGUGCUGAGUUCACCGUCAGGUGUGCGCGUGACGGGCACGUCCAGGAAGGAUAGCUUCUCGUCCUCCUCAUCUUCUCUUGUAAACUGAAUGUUGGGGAAUAUGCUGUUAAGUAAGUCUUGAAAACCCGAUAGCUUAUCCUUUUCAGUAAUGACGAAUGUAUCCUCCACGUAUCGACGCCAAAACGCAGGUUUGUAGUGGCUGAAAGCAACCUUUUCCAGCUCUUGUAGGACCAGUUCCGCAACUAGGCUGGAUAUUGGAGAACCCAUGGGCGUUCUUUUGAUUUGUUCCUGUGUUCUUCCAUCGAAGGUGAAAAGGUUCGUUGGCGUCACUACGCCGGGGACCAUCGUGGACCAGGCGGCACAAACCUUACCUAGCCACGGAUGUACUCUCUCCUCGCAAGGAACAGCGACAUAAAUGGUCACAAGUUGCUGCACUCAAGCAGUCUCUGAUGAUGAACUCCAGUUCGACUUCGAAAGCUCAGGCACAUAAAUCUACUGUCCCAGUGAUCGUGCCUUCGUCUUCUUCUAGACGCCUUAUCUGUUCGGGGCGCUAGACGUUAUAGAACCUUCCGUCAACCGUGGAUUGGCCGCUUCUUGCGUGAGAAUCUCGUUUCGGAAAAAAGUCUCGAAUGUUCGACAGGACAUGAGUUGAGCCACACUCGAGAGCAAGGCGCGACAUGUGUUCUAUGCUGCAAUACACGCCGGCUCGCUGCCUAAUUUCACGCGGCUGGGCCUGCUGUCUCGUGAGUGCUCAUGUCUUUCUUUCGGCGUGUAGGGGUGUCCAGCGUUGGGUUAACGUGAUAGUCGUAAUGGUCGCUCACUUGCUCGCAGGUGAGACUACGCCUAGCGUCCAUUUGCUGGCACCCAACUCUCACGUGUGGCUCCACGUAGCUGGGCUCUGCUCAGCGGCCACACCCCGGGCAACCGCCUCGGCGGGCGGGCUAAACCAGGUGAGGGCGCUGUGCGCUUGUGCCGCGUGCACAGUGUACUGCGGACUCCGCUGGAUGGAUGGUCGGAUGAAACAAUGCGCCGGCAUCGUCAAGAUGAGGCUCUGCCUGGUACGCCGUUGGAUAACUGCUGACGGGACGGGUCUCCGCAUCGCCUUCGCUGAGACGCGCCCACCCUCGCCGACGGAGACCGCGGACUCACGGCAUAUGCGGUCGUUCUCCACAACAAACAUAAAAGUCGUGGCCCCAUAGUGGGAUUCGGUCGCGCCAACCAGGCACAUGGGCAGCCCCAUUCAGGGGCGGCACUGCCUGCCCCACGAGGGGAAGGGCCUAGAAAAGGUGGCCUAAAAAAUGCUGGGCACCACGCCGUCUGUAGGCUAGCCAAGGCCGCAGAUGUCAUCAACACGGUCGAAACAAUCAAAAUCGAAACAACAACAAUACCAAUUACAACAACAACAACAACCAUACUCAUUCUCCUCAUUCUAACUCUUCUUCCUCUUCCCCCGUCUAUUCUUCUGCCUAUUCUUCUCCUUCGUCACCUUUUUCUCCAUCUCCUUCCCGCCGCCCCACUCGUUGUCCCCAGACUGGCAGGGUGAGCCCGCUCACUCUGGCAGCCUGGAAUGUUCGUUCGCUUUUAGACAAUCCGAGGAGCAACCGACCGGGACGGAGUACGGCUCUAGUGGCACGAGAACUGGCACGCUACAAGGUGGACAUCGCCGCACUCAGCGAGACCCGAUUCUCCGAACAAGGCCAACUGCAGGAAGUGGGUGCCGGCUACACCUUCUUCUGGAGUGGUCGACCCAAGGCAGAGCGACGAGACGCGGGUGUCGCCUUCGCCAUCCUGAACGACAUCGUGGGACAACUGCUCAGUCUGCCGCAGGGCAUCAACGAUCGCCUGAUGAGUCUCCGCCUGCCUCUCUGGGGAGGCAAAUUCGCCACCAUCAUCAGCACCUACGCUCCGCCGAUGAGCAGCCCCGACGCCGCCGCAAGGAACAAAUUCUACGAGGACCUGCAUGCUCUCUUGGCGACUGUGCCGAAGGCGGACAAGUUGAUUGUCCUUGGUGACUUCAACACCCGCGUCCGCACAGACCAUACUGCCUGGAGAGGAGUGUUCGGUCCCCACGGUCUCUGCGGCUCAAACGACAAUGGUCUGCUGCUUCUCCGCACCUGCGCAGAACACCGCCUCAUCGUGACGAACACGUUCUUCUGUCUGCCGGAGCGAGAGAAGGCCACUUGGAGGCAUCCUCGGUCGCGUCAGUGGCACCUGCUGGACUAUGUCCUCGUCCGGAGGCGAGACCAGCGGGAUCUGCUGGUGACGAAGGCGAUCGAGGGCGCUGACGGGUGGACCGACCAUCGCCUCUUCAUCUCGAAGAUGCGUAUUCACCUACAGCCUCGCAGGAGACCACAAGGUAAGCGACCCCCAGGUAAGCUGAAUGUUGCCUUGAUGUAUUUGCCCGCUCACCGCCUUCAUUUCAGCAAUGAGCUAGCUCAACGGCUAGACAACCUUCCAAUCGCUGCCGUCCACGACGGUGCCACCGCCACUGCAGAGAACGCCUGCGUUGAGAACCGUUGGUGUCAACUGCGAGACACGGUCCAGUCGACGGCGCUCGCCGUCCUCGGCCGCGCUCCGCGCCAACACCAGGACUGGUUCGACGACAACGACGCCGCCAUUAGAAAUCUGCUUGCUGAGAAGAACCGCCUACACAAAGUCUACGCAGAUCACCCCAAUGAGGACAACAAAGCUGCUUUCUACCGCAGCCGCCGCCAGCUUCAGCAACGACUGCGCGAGAUGCAGGACGCCUGGAGUGCUCGCAAAGCUGAGGAGAUCCAGGGCUACGCGGACGGCAACGAAUGA